UAGAGGAGUGGGAACUCCAGCCAUCGGCAAAAGUCAAAAACUGCUCCCUUCUCUCUCUUUUUCUUCGUUUUUCAAGAUAGAGGGAUGUUUGCGUUGUUAUUUCUGUAGAUGUCAGUCAACAGCGUCAUCGACAACGACGGACAACAAAAUUCUCUGCUUUGAACUUCACUGUUGUUUCUGAAGUUUGUUUCUGACGAGUGAACAGAAGCUGUGGUAAGAACAUAGAUCCUGUCUCCACCAAUAGAAAAGCAGCGCUGCGGCCGGGUCUCAGGCUCCAUGGCGAUGCAGCUGAGUGGAGCGACGACAGAAGAGUGGACGAUGUCCAGAUGACACAGUCUAACUGUGCUGACAUAGCAGGAUGAACGGCUGAUUGACCUCUCGUCCUUCCUCCCGUCGUUGCCCACCUGUCGUCCGUGCAGCCAUGUUGCUGAGGAGGAAGCUGUGCGUUGCUUUGCUGAUCGCCGCCAUCCUCUUCCUCAUGCUGGCCAGUCAGAGCAUCCAGAAGAGACACUUCCUGCCGCUGUCUUUGUCCCUGCCCACCUUCCAGUCCAUGCAAGCCAGCCGGGAGACAGUGGUUGACCUCACAGCGCCUCUUGCUAACCUGAACCCGGACCCACCAGUGACACCCCCUCCUCCCAGAACCCCCCAGCCUAAGGACAAGGAGGAGCCUGCAGUCGACUCCCAGAAAGUCCUGAGGUCUUGUGGUUGUUCUGAGUCCUGUAUUUCAGACCCCGGGGUGUCGCUCUGGUUCAGCCAGCACUACGAUGCGAAACAACAGCCUGUCCUCCGAGACGCCAACAACAACCUGGACCCUGACGCGCUCAGAUGGUGGCUGGGUCUUCAACGGUCAGGUAACUCCCAAACUCUAGAGGAAGUGAUGUCAGAGAUGUUCAAGGUCAUUCCUUCACCCACCGUGGACUUCAAGCCCCUCCCCUCCAUCUGCCGUAGUUGUGCGGUGGUCGGCAACUCUGGCAACCUGCGACAGUCCGGACACGGCGACCUCAUCAACUCCCACAACUCCGUGAUCCGGAUGAACAAGGCAGUGACUCGAGGGUUUGAGAAAGAUGUCGGGAGUCGGACGACGCAUCACCUCCUGUACCCGGAGAGCGCGGUGGACAUGGGGCAAGGAGAGAGCCUCGUCCUGCUGCCGUUCAAACUGAGGGACCUGGAGUGGCUGACCAGCGCCUUGUCCACCGGCCAGGUCAAAACGACCUACAUGAGGGUUAAAGACAGAGUGGAGGCUGAUAAAGACAAGGUUCUGGUGAUGAACCCGGUGUUCUUUAAAUAUAUCCACGAUCACUGGACCGAGCACCACGGUCGUUACCCCUCCACCGGGAUGCUGGCCAUCAUCUUUGCUCUGCACACCUGUGACCAGGUGUCAGUGUUUGGUUAUGGUGCCGACAAACUGGGGAACUGGCAUCACUACUGGGAAGAGAACCGGGACGCCGGAGCCUUCAGGAAGACCGGCGUCCACAGCGCCGACUUUGAGAUCCAGGUCAUUCAACAGCUCGCCAAGGAAGGAAAGAUCAGUCUGCACCUGUGACACGACAACGACUGACCCGCUGACCGACAGACUGACCUGACUACAGAGAUUUACUGAUGGACCCAUCAACCCACAGAGCGAUGUGCUUCCUGACCACAGACCUGCAGACCAGUGGACUGAACAACAGACCUGACCUGCAGACAAGCUGCUUUCAGACAUGCUCUGAACUCUGAGCGGCUGUAUGUGAGAAUGCAAGGUUCCAAGACUCCAAGUCAGUUGCGUCGGACAUUUUCCAGAACUUUUCCUGGCAGCCCACUAAUCAAAAGUCUGGAAAAUGUCAGGUUGAGAUCAUAUGAGAAAACAAUUCCCAGUGAGCAAGUGGCCGCGUUACAUUUCUACCACAUGAGGGACGCAAAACAGAAAAAAACCCUAAAGAAUAAAAAUAUCUCAGAUGCUGAAAAUUGGAAAGACAACGAGAUGCAAGAGGUUUCGGCGAUAAGAACAAUGUUGACAUUUUUGUGCCGGUAAUAAAAACCUGUGAUUUCCGCAGUGUGCUUUAAACGUCGGGUCCGGCCUCCUGCUGCUCUACCCAGGCUCCACCCCUCCCUUGAAUGUUGUCAUGAACGAGUCUGACCUAGAAAAUGUCCUGCGUUCUUCAUAUGUGAAAGACAAACCCCAGAAAAGGUCCAGACCCAAUUUUUACGAACCUUUUCCAGAGCUCUAUCUGAAAGACGUCUCUCAUCCGACCUAUCAUCCGGCUGACAGACUUACAUCGGUCCUCCAGCUUUUCCAGACUGAGGCCAGAUGUUUUGGAUCUGGAGAUAAACUGCGGACGGAGCUAAACCUGCCUCCUCCAGCAAGGAGGUGGGGACUCGAUCCCCCUCCUGUGCUGACCCCUAAAUGAGUUAAAUGAGUUCCAGCCUCACUUGAACAAACAGAACAGACAGUUUUUCGGGACCCUCCACUCUCCAUACGACUGCGUGGAUCGACCACACACGUUUUGCUCUGAGUGGGGAAACAACCACAGACUUUAAUCUUUUUUUAUUGGAUUUUAUAGACGUUAUACAGGGAGAACCUCUUUUUUUAAUCAAAGCACUUUGUCAUGAAGGAGUAAUGACAGGAGGAGUCCAUGUUGUUUCGCCCACGAGAAGAGACCUUUUUUUAUAUCAUUUAUAAUCCAUCCAUUUAUUUUUAUUUUAUCACAAGCCGUCCUGACGUGGAGGAUCCUGACGGACUGGAACAUUUGGAUCCUAAAGCAACGUCACUUCCUGUCGUCACCGUAUGUGGUUCUCAGCCUGUGGUUCUGAUUAUCAAACGACCGUCUGCAGGUUUUCCGCAGCAGGAAUGUUUUUUAAGGAACAGUCCAACAUUUAGUGAUAAUCAUUUUCUAAUCACAGUUUUCUGCCUCCUGUAGAUAACAAAGUGGCAAAGCCAAAUAACAAGACUAACUGUAGAGAGCUGAAGAUGUUUGACUUCGAGAACAUUUCACAGACGGACGCGACUCCCGAGUGUCGGUUCAGCUGAAGUGACAAAGACGAGGAGACGACUAAAGAUUUAUCAAAUAAAACGUGACGAGGACAAAGUCAAACAAUCAGUUUCCAGUGAGUGUGGAUGCAGUGCAAUGUACUUUCAAAAAAGGAAAAUUUGAAGUCCAACCAAAAACAAACCAACACAUGAAUGAAGAAGGACUGAGCAGUCCAGCGAGUAGCAGAGGAGUCGGGUCACCUGACUGCUGCGCCUCCUCCUCACAGGAGAUCCCAGCAUGCAGAGCGGCCGCCUCUCACCUCUACUGUGAAUGUACAAAAAUAUUAUCAGUCGUCUAAAUGUUUGUGGCUUUGUUUGCACUAUGGAGAGUUUCAGGGCGUUUUCACACCGAGUUUGAUUCUAAAUCAGCGAGUUUUCGUCUCAGAUACAAUCAAGGCUCUGUCACACAUGCGCAAAUAUUUCCGAGGUGACCCUUCUCCUUCCGUUCCCUUCCAAUCUGCGAGGAGACGAUUAAAACAUUUGCUUCCUGUGGCAAAUCGCAGCCCGGCUUCCUGUGGAGCUCAACUUUCACCCGCAAUAUAUGUAUAUAAGUCGCGUAUCGGUUUAUAAGAUGGACGACGUGUCACAAGAUGGCAGCACCCACAACUGGGAUAUUUUAAACUUAUCUCAAGUUUUGUUUUUAAUGAUUUGAUGUUGACGUCAUGAUUGAGAGCUGAGGCUGACGCCACAAUCACUGUUGUGCAGAUUCAGUCUCCAAAUGACGUCGCUCAUCCAAGAUGGCCGGGCCUGUAUCCAGGAUAUUUGAGCUUUGUCCAUCUUUAUUUACAAUCUGUGAGUUGCACAUUGAAGUUAGCUUGUAGGACAAAGACAGUUUGAAUUUGGUCUGAAGACUUAAACCUGUUAUAUGUCAAAUGAUUUCAUAGGCACAGUUAACACUGGUGUUUUACUUUCUGCAGAAUCAGAUGCUCUCAAAGAUGCUGAGAUAUUUAACUUUACUGCUCUUGCUUUUAAGCAACGCAGCUGCUUGUCUCUGGUGUUAUGUUUGUGCCACAACCGAAAUCAAAGAAUGCCGAUUGGCUGUUUGGUGUCAUGAGGGAGAGCAAAAGUUUAUUCGAGUGAAACUGCAUGAGAGGAGUUAUCAUUGCACGUUAAUAUGGAUAACGGUAAACAUGCAAAUUAGUUUCAUUGCGCACAGGAUCGAUUUUUGUAAAAAGAAAAAUAUUAUUUAUUUGGUUGCAAACUAUAUUUUCCUGAGCUCUAAAUCUCAAAUUGCUGGCUCAGGAAAGAGGCACAAAUAUAACACCGGACUUUUCCUGGUGAUAAAACAAGUUUAAGUUUAAUCUCUGCUUCAUGGGAAACUAUCAAACUAUCUUAUCGUGCGAACAACACUUCUAAUGGGGAUGUUUGUAUGACAAAUCUGUUUCUGGAUUUCAGAAUCAACUCAUUGUGGAGUUUGCUUGUUUUUUUCAUCCUCACUGAGAUUCGUCUUCUCUCUGAUUCAGACAAACCACCAGUGUGAAAUCGCCUCUGAGACGUUUAGUAAAGAUCAGUCUGCUUCAAACAGAGUUAGAAAUGGAGAAGUUCCGCCCCAGCUUACACUCACACCUCCGCACAUCUGCAUCAAGAGGACGUGGCUGUUUCCAGCUGUCAGAAACUCAACCGGCACCUUGUCUGAAGCCGACUGAGGCCUUAUAAAUAAUCAUGAAUGCUGAAUCAUCAUCUGGAGGCUGCUGCUGUGUCGUUAGCUCGGCUGCCGUGGGGAGUGCAGUCUGAGUUCAAUCCUUUUCUCGUCAAGUCUCUUAAACCCGACCUGUGACACAUCAGAGGCUGCGGUUCACCGUAGUUCAGCCACUCAAGAGAGCGGCAGCGCUCCGGCUUCCUGAGCUGGAUUUAACAUCUGGAUGCAAAGUUUGGGGAUUUGCAGUUGUUGAAGUUGUAAACAGAUUUAUUUCCUCACACUUUAAAAAAGAAUCCAGUUUGUUGUGAGUUUAAAUCCAAAGUUGUGCUCGUUAGAAUCCCUGCGGUGUGGAAAUGCAGAUUAUUUCCAUCAGGGACGCAGGGACGUGCAGAUCAACCAAUCAGCUGCUUGUGAUUUCCUAAUGAUCAGUCGAACGUGAUCUGUAGAUUUAGAUCAGAGUGACGUCCACUGACCAAACAACAUGUAUGUGUCAUGUAUGUAUAGCUUUACUUCAGCUCAUCGUGUUUAAACUGUUACUGUUUGAUUAAAGAAAGAAAAGUCAGAUUCGUUUAAAAACCAACCUACUGAUCGUCACUUCAUUUAUUCAUUCGUUCGUUCGUUCAUUCUUAGAAGCCAAACAGACAGAAGCACUGAUAUUUCAACUAAAGACAGAAAACAACAUGAACCCACCACUGUCACUUUGAAUGAAAUAAAAAAUAUGAAACAUC